AUGCGCUUAUGCAAUAAAUGGCAGAUCUUAGACUUAUGUACUUAUUUGUUGUUUAAAUGGCAUCCCUUACACAUUUUUUUCUCGUCUUGUCCAUGGGAAACAAAAAAACAUUCGCUAGCGAGCACAAUAGGGAAGAGGCUUUGCAUGCGCAAGGGGGGAAAUGAUGCAUUUAACAACAGUUCUCAGGAGGGUUUGCGAGUGGUGGGGGAGGUGGGGCGAACGACCCCACCUUCAGCAUUUGAGCAUGCACGGGAUCUGAUAUGCGGCAUUCUCGCCAACUGGCCGUACCCAUCCCAAGCAGUGUCUCUUCUGCUCUGCGGCCCUUCCGGAAACGGUAAAAGUUAUCUUGUACGAGCUGCUGCUGAAAAGGUCCGCACACAAGAUUUUCACCGCCAUGUCAUAGCAGUCAUGCCUUCGUUGGCCCAUUCUUUAUCAAGGCGUCAUGCGGAUGGGAGUACGGCUUUUCGAAAAGAUAUCCGUAGGGCUAUCCAGACAGCGGUUAUGAACGAGGAACUGUCGCUUCCCAACAGCAGCGGCGGCUUAGGGGUCAGUGGUGGUACCGAGUUUGCUGUUCUCGUUGUUCUCGAUCAUAUGGAAUUGUUCUUAUCAGCCGCCAGUGAUGCUGCGACUCCUGCUCAAGGCAGUGGACCAAAAUCAGGACUAGUGGUUGAUGUGGCACCACUUAACCCCUCCGUGUUGUGUGAUCUCUAUGAUGUGCUACGCGGAAGGGAGCUAUUCGAUCGGGGUGAGUUGACUGCUAUGAAUUUGAAGGUGGUCCUUUUCGUAACGCUCUUCAGUGGUUCGUACGAUGACGUAGAUCCCUUUGCCAGAGCAAAGCUAUUCUGCUCCCACGUGUCGUUGAACACACCAACGGAGCGGGAACGCCUCACGUUCUUUACAGGACAUGCUGACCUUCCCUACACCUUGUGCACUGCUUUGGCAGCACGUACAGGCGGCAUUAUUUACAGAGGACUGGUCGAAAUCAUUGAGCAUGCGAAAAGCAUCUUUUGCAAUGUUGUUUCCGAGGAGGGUCGCCUAUUGCUUUCCAACGAGGAUGCUGAAUCAGCUAGAAAUGAUGGAAGCAGCGACUAUUCAAAUGCUUCAAACGCUGUAGGGUUAGCUGUAAAUGUAUCACUGCAUGUGAUCCGAGCAUUCGCGGCAAGCGAUUCCGCGGCUGCAAGGGACUUUCGGCGGAGUGUUGGCUACGUGGACGUUCAGCAAACACGGUGGGACGAUAUCGCUGGUUUGGACAGUGCCAAAUCGACGCUUAAGCGCCUCGUAUUGCAGCCACUGCAGUCGAACUUGGUGUACCAGCGCUUUGGGCUUCAACCAUCCACGGGGGUUCUCCUUUACGGUCCACCGGGGACGGGGAAAACGAUGCUUGCGAGGGCGAUAGCAACGGAACUCAAUGCUUCCUUCAUCUACCUCGACCUCCCCCAGCUGAUCCAAGCGGAGAUGGGCGAGUCCGAGCGGCGCCUUCGGGAGUUCUUCGACGCCGCGCGAGAUCGAAGCCCAUCCGUCAUGUUUAUUGAUGAACUCCAGGCAGCAUUCGGCGCUCGUAGUCGAACUGCAUCUGUUCACGAUUCGAGACUUGUCUCGCAAUUUCUUAACUUGCUCGAUGCGGCACGUGAGGACAGCUCUUAUUUCACCCUCUUUGUAGGUGCAACAAACGUUGUACACACGUUAGAUGGUGAGCUUUUACGCGCUGGUCGGCUCGACACGAUGGUGGAGGUCCCACCCCUGGACGAGGAGGCGAGGCUUGGAUUAGUACGCCGCGUGGUGUAUGGAGAGUGGGUUGCCUGGGCUGCAUAUGCAGCAACGGAAGCCGCUGGCAACCUAAGAUGUGGCAUGGAUGGUAUGGAGGCGCUGACACGUCGGCUUGUUGACGGCACGGUAGGGUUCAGUGGGGCUCAGUUGCGUCAGACGUUGAACGUGUUCGCUCUGCAGUUUCUUCGACUCAGAUGUGGUACAACUACUGGCAGCGGUAAUGCGGCAUCCACUAUUACUCUGCAGGACACCGCCGCAGGCAUGGAUGCGUCUGAGUCUCACAAUCGUAUUGAAGAGGCACUAAGGUUUGCGCUGUCGAGCGCAGUGCGUUACUAG